CAGCUCAGGCCUGCUGGGAGGGAGCAGUGGGGAUGGGGACUCUAGGCUGGCAGCCUCGGCCCUGUGGCUUCCUCCUGUGCCCUCCAGCCCCAGGCUGGCUGCUUCGGAAGCCCCCGACGCCAUGGAGGAGUGGGAUGUGCCGCAGAUGAAGAAAGAGGUGGAGAGCCUCAAGUACCAGCUGGCCUUCCAGCGGGAGAUGGCAUCCAAGACCAUCCCCGAGCUGCUGAAGUGGAUCGAGGAUGGGAUCCCCAAAGACCCCUUCCUGAACCCCGACCUGAUGAAGAACAACCCAUGGGUAGAAAAGGGCAAAUGUACCAUCCUGUGAGCCCCGCACCCGGCCCCACUCAUGCCAUCCUGUGAGCCCACGCCCGGCCCCACUCCCACCGUCCUGUGAGACCACGCCUGGCCCCACACCCACCAUCCUGUGAGACCACGCCCGGCCCCACUCCCACCGUCCUGUGUGAGACCACGCCCGGCCCCACUCCCACCGUCCCCAGGAUUCACGCCCGGCCCCCACCCCACCAUCCUGUGAGACCACGCCGGCCCCACCCCACCGGCCCUGUGAGCCCACGCCGGCCCCACUCCCACCGUCCUGUGAGCCACGCCCACCCCCACUCCCACCAUCCUGUGAGACCACGCCCGGCCCCACUCCCACCAUCCUGUGAGCCCCUCUCCUGGCCCCACUCGCACCAUCCUGUGAGCCCCCCUGGCCCCACUCGCACCAUCCUGUGAGCCCCACUCCACUCGCGCGUGACUGCAGUCUGUAAAGGCGUGACUUUAUAAAGGCGUCUUCAGGUU